AUGGGCAGACGAAAUCUCACGGUACCAACCGACCUCAUUCUGAGUGCGGUCUCCAGCCUGCCUGAGCUGCAGCUCCCCCUGUUUUGGAUCUUUCUUGUCAUCUAUGUUUUUACAUUGGUGGGCAACCUGGGCAUGAUUGUUCUGACCAAGCUGGAUGCCCGCUUACACACCCCUAUGUACUUCUUCAUCAGACACCUGGCUUACGUGGAUCUGGGUGAUGCCACUGUGAUUUAUCCUAAAAUGCUGCUAAAUUUUGUAAUGGGAAAAACCACCAUUUCCUAUUUUGUUUGUGCCACACAGAUGGCCUUCUUUGUUACAUUCAUUAUCAGUGAGCUUUUCAUCCUAUCAGCGAUGGCCUAUGACCGCUAUGUGGCCAUCUGCAACCCUCUGCUCUACAACGUCAUCAUGUCCCAGACACUUUGUCAUGUGCUAGUGGGUGUGCCCUACCUCUACAGCACCUUUGUUGCUCUGUUGAUCACUAUUAAGACGUUUAUAUCGACUUUCUGUAGCCUUCACAUCAGUCAUUUCUACUGCGAUGAUGUUCCUGUGUCACUUAUGCUGUGCUCAAAUGGUCGAGAUUUGGCACUGAUGAUCAACUUAUUUGCAGCUUUUAAUGUGACCUCCUCCCUCCUGGUAGUGCUAUUAUCUUACCUGAUGAUCCUUGUAGCCAUAUUUCGAAUGCAUUCUGCAGAAGGAAGAAAAAAAGCUUUCUCCACCUGUGCUUCUCACCUGACUGUGGUAGUGGUCUUCUACGGGACUAUUUUCUUCAUGUAUGUGCAGCCCAAGUCUGCUCAGUCCUCUGAUAUUGACAAACUGUCCUCUGUGUUUUACACUUUAGUGAUCCCCAUGCUAAAUCCAUUGAUCUACAGUUUCAGAAACAAAGAAGUAAAAAAUGCCUCUCACAGGAUCCUCAUGAAGAAGUUUAAAGUUUGUACUUAG